AUGCCUAUUAACAGGUUAAAUGGAUUGAGUGUUCUUAAAGCACUCUCACACAUUUGUGUGACAGAGGAAAUCAACAAUAACCUAGUCUACUUGUUUUGGAACUACUCGUCCGUUAGUCAGUCCUCCAUUGAGAACUCAACUAUCAUCAACAACACUCUUUCUGCAUCUCUUGCUAUUGACGGAGAUAACUCUACGUUUACACAAACGAAAAUAGCAAUCAACAACUACUGGAGAAUUGAUUUUACAAGCUCGAUAAAUAUAUCAUGUUUUACAAUCAUAUCAAGUGGAGGUAAUUUCCAGAUUGCCGUAGGUUUGAUGAGUAUAAAGAAUUCAACAAAGAUUUGUCAGAAGUUUUUGGAGAUAAAAACACAGGAGGAGAAGGCUGUUCGGUGCUGUCAGAAACCACUUCAGGGAGAUACUUUUGAGAUCACCCGUACAGACUUUGGGAUACUACGACUUUAUGAAGUUAUUCUGAGAAUAUUGAAAGCGAGCCCACCUCCCAAUGUCACCCAUGAUGGAUUCCGUCUUAGAUCUACAAGACCUGUUCAGGAUGAAAAACAUGGCUUGUCUUGUAUCCGGUGCAGGCAUUGUGCUACCUGUGAUGCUAACAGCGGAAUGUGUUUAUCCUGCCCUCCUUCUAAAUACGGAGAUGACUGUGGUCUACGGUGUCCAAAUAACUGCUCCAGGUGUGAUAUUAAGAACGGAACGUGUAAAGCUUGUUCAAGAUGUGCAGGAGAUUGUAACACGAAAAAUGAAACAUGUAGUCAAUGUUAUCCCGGAUUUGUAAGACCACCGGUUUGUUAUGCAUGUAAUAAUUUUAUCAGACAUUGUGUGCGUUGUAGCAGCUCUGAAAAUUGUGACCAAUGUGAGGAGGGGUAUCAUGGCUCACAAUGCAGAAAGAGAAAAGAAAUGUUUGUAACUUUUACCAGCAAUCUAACAUACACGAAUAUGCCAAUUGAAACUACUAUCACAACACAAGAUAGCGAAGAGACAUCAUUGGAUAAAUAUGGAAUAUCAGAAAAUACUUUACAUGAAGGAAUAUCAGAGGAUUUAGCGAGAUACUCGUUGGGAAUGAAAAUUAAGUCUUUACGUCAAUCUUCUAUGGAUUAUAUGGGUAAUGACAGCUACUCAGAAAACCUUGCAAACCUCGCUCUUGACAAAAAUGCAACAACGUUUACACAAACAAACGAAGCAAUCAACAACUUUUGGAGAAUUGAUUUUGAAGACCCAGUCAAUAUUACAUGUUUUACCAUUAUUUGUGGUCAAGGAAAUUUUAGAAUCAAAAUUACUUCAAGUGAUACAAGUGUGGAACAUACUUGUGACGAGUUUUCAGUAAACAAAGAGAAAGAAUCCGUCUCACGGUGCUGCCGAAAUUACAUAGAGGGAACAUCAUUUGUGGUCUAUCGUUCUGACAAUGGAAAAUUGAGAUUAUAUGAAGUCAGUCUUUCAGACUCGGUGGGAAUGAAAAUUAAGUCUUUACGUCAAUCUUCUGUGGAUUAUAUAGAAAACGACUCCUACUCACAAAACCUUGAAAACCUCGCUGUUGACAAAAAUGCAACAACGUUUACCCAAACAAACGAAGCAAUCAACAACUUUUGGAGAGUUGAUUUCGAAGACCCAAUCAAUUUUACAUGUUUUACCAUUAUUUCUGGUCAAGGAAAAUUUAUUAUCAAAAUUACUUCAAGUAAUACAAGUUUGGAACAUACUUGUGACGAGUUUUCAGUAAACAGAGAGAAGGAAUCCGUCUCACGGUGCUGCCAGAGUUACAUAGAGGGAACAUCAUUUGUUGUCUAUCGUUCAGACAAUGGAAAAUUAAGAUUAUAUGAAGUCAGUCUCAUAGAUUGUUUUGCUGUGUACAGCUUUUGUAAGAAGUGUGAAUGUGUUCGAUGCUCUACUCAGGUUUCGAUUGGUGGAAUUUGCUCCUCAUAUUUUCCUUCUAAAUGCAAACAGGGCUGUGAUAUAGGAUGUUUAAAAAACUGCUCCAAAUAUAAUGCAGAAAAAGGUUUCGAAAUAUCCAAAACAGCUGAAAGAGGAAAAAUUGGAAACACGUUUGACUCAACAAGAAAUGAUGAUGCACAGAGUAAAAAUCCAAAUGGUUCAAUGAAAAAUGACGGAUCGCCUAAGACUGACCUAACUGGAGUUAUCUUUGGAGUUGUGGUCCUGUGUUUACUUGUUUUCUUCUUUGUUAUUAAAAGAUCAGAUAGUUCUGAAAAUAGGAAUUGUAUCAAAUAUAUUCAUCCGGAAGCGAUAGAAGAAAAUGAAGAGCAAACUGAAGUUGUUCCUAUGUCGCAAAACACAUUUAAUGACGGGGCAAACUCUAUUGUUUUGGAAGAAAUCACAUAUGUAAAUGUCAGCGUAGAGAACCAGAGAGAUGCCGAGUACUCAAACACCACAAGCCAUAGGCUACUCGUGGACACCUUCAUCGAUAAUCAUCGUAUCAGACGCGAAAACAACAAGUUUGAAGAAGACGAAUUCGCGAAUUUACCGACUGGACUACUAGACCUGUGCACAGAAGCCUUGAAGACAGAGAACAUUUGUAAAAAUCGAUACCGAUAUGUGUAUCCUUAUGACUUUUGUCGAGUUGUACUUAAUACAUGUGACACACCAGGAAGGAAUGACUAUAUCAAUGCCUGUUACAUCGAGGACAGUCAAGGAAAACAUUCCUACAUUGCAGCGCAAGGGCCAUUUACUUCAUUAACUCUAAUUGAUUUCUGGAGAAUGGUCUGGCAAGAAAAUAGUUCUAGAAUUGUGAUGCUGACAAACUUAAUGGAAGGAGACAAAAUGAAAUGUCUGAAAUAUUGGCCUGAAGAUGUGAUUGAGCUUGGUAACAUCAGAAUUCGACUAGAAUGCGAAGACAACAAUGAAAAUUAUACAAUAAGAUAUAUGAUUGUGGAACAGAACAACGAGACAAGGAAGAUAUGCCAGUUUCACUUUACUGGUUGGCCUGAUUGUGAAGUCCCAUCAAAUGUGGAUGAUCUUCUCUGUUUUCGAAACCUUGUGAAAAAUGGCAGACCUGACUCUGAUGGACCAAUAAUAGUUCACUGCAGGUAUAAGCAAGGUCCUCAUGAAAUGCCAAUAAAGGGAACCAGAAGCCUAGGAGGAGUAAGACUCCACUGA